UUGAAAGAGUCGAACAAAACAACUUCAAACCUCAUGUAUCAUGGUUCAUGUUUGUGCGAUUUUCGGUUGUAAAAACCGUUCAAACAGAGAGAGAACCAGACGAUAUUUUCGAUUGCCGGCCGUGAAGAGAAAUGUCGGUGAGCAACUCAAAGUGCUACAGGAGCAGCGAAGAGAUGAGUGGGUCAGACGCAUCGCACGCAGCGAUUUCUUCCCGAAGAAAUAUCAAAACGCUCGMGUUUGUAGUGACCACUUCGUUUCAGGGAGCCCUUCUUCACUUCACGAAAAAGAAAACAUAGACUGGGCGCCGAGUAAAAACCUUGGACAUUGUUUUGAGCAUGUUAAUCCAAUUCAACAUUUAGAAAGUAAGCAGUUUGAAGAAAAAAACASCACUGAAGAUUCUAGAUUUGCAUCMUCGCGUGUUGAAGCACCUUGUGAAGAAAUGACAACGGUUGAAAUYUGUGGUAAUAUUCARACUAUUCAUAUMAAAAUGGAGCCUACAGAUUGCAUUGAUAAUAAAGCACCAGAAACUCAGACUACUGCAAACGAAAACAAUGCUUUUCCAUUCCACGAACGAGGAACUCAGACUGACAUGGAUUUGAGUUAUGUAAAAUUACUAGAAAGAGAGCUGGUUCUAUUGAGAGACGAAAAUUUUCAACUCAAGCGAAAACUUCAAGAAUCAAGUGGGAGAAAAGACGAAAUUAUWCCCUACACUCAAUGAAGUUAGAAAUGACAAAAGAAACCUUUGGCUUUGUUAGAUAUUUUUUUCUGARUUAAAAUAAGGAAAUAAACAAUGCAAGAAUGCACCUACAGUUGUAUUUUGUGCUGUUGUCUAUGAAACUCAUGGCAUUAAGUUUCAUCAUCGUCAUUUCCAAAAUCUUCCGUGUAUUAAAAUAUAAAAUUCACAUCAUUUUAGAGCAUCAAAAACUACGUACUUUUGCCGAAUUAUAGGAUUUCAGAGCAUUUGGUURUUGAUAUAUUKGUAAAAAUAAAUUAAGUAAAYCUGCUGGUGGUCAUGYGGUGACCACCACCAACUUCAGAGCUWUAUAACAAGAAAAAGAUGGAGUUUUUAUGAAUUAACUUUGCUAGAAUAUACUCAAAAUAGAUAAAAUUACUCUAUGGAAGCCAAAAUGUUUUAUGGAGAUUGAGUUAUGACCGAUAAAAAUGAUAUAUAUUGUUAAUUAACAUUGCCAAGUUGUGCAGAUAUAAAUACAACAAAGUCUCUUACAUA